GUGGAUCUCGGAGGGAAAUGGUGUUUGGUGCAGACUGUGUGUGGGUAGCUGACGACGGGGAGCUGGGGGCCGGGAGUGGCGGCGGAAGGCGCUGUGCGAUGGAGAGGUGUUAGGCGGUUUUGGCGCCACUGGCCGCGGGGCAGCCUGGGAUCGCGGGCCGCCGAGGGAUUUAAACCGGCGCAAAACUUGCGGCGGAUCCGCCAAAGUUCCCGGUGCGGGCGGCGGGCGGGGCGGCGCCGGCGGCGGGGCGAUGCCGGGCGGCGAGGAGCAGCGGCGGGCGAGCGAGAGCUUCGACAAACUGUGUCAGGACCUGAAUCUGGAUCCGGAGACGGGCGCCGAGGCUUGGGGCAGUUUCCAGCGGAUCGGCAGCACCUACACCCUGGAGGGAGAAACUCUACAUUGGCUGGCUUGUGCUUUAUAUGUGGCCUGUCGAAAAAGCAUCACCCCAACUGUCGGCAAGGGAAUGAUGGAAGGAAAUGGUGUUUCAUUGACAAGAAUUCUUCGCUCGUCAAAGUUAAGCCUAAUCCAAUUCUUCAGCAAGAUGAAGAAAUGGGCAGAUAUGGCUAACUUAUCCCAAGACUUCCGAAAGCGAGUAGAGCAGUUGGAAAGGAAUUUUGAAGUUUCCACUGUUAUCUUCAGAAAAUUUGAACCUAUAUUUUUGGACAUGUUUCAAAAUCGUCACCAGGAUCAGCCUCGGCUUCAGAGAAGCAGAAAACAGAGGCGUCUUCCAUGCAGUGUAACUGAUGCUUUUAGUUUUUGCUGGACCUUAUUUGUGUACAUUAAAGGUAAUUUCCGUAUGAUUGGCGAUGACCUUGUAAAUUCUUACCACCUUUUGCUCUGUUGCCUGGAUCUCAUGUUUGGAAAUGCCUUGCUAUGUCCUAACAGAAAAGAUCUACUUAACCCGGGGUUUGAAGGUUUGCCAGCAGAGUUUGGCAGCCAGGACUAUAAGCCCCCAGUGCAGCCACCGUGUAUCAUUGAGAAACUAUGUGACUUGCAUGAUGGGCUCAUAGUAGAAGCAAAAGGUAUCAAGGAGCACUACUGGAAACCUUACAUUAAGAAGUUAUUUGAAAGGAAGAUUCUAAAAGGAAACAGCAAGCUCUUUGUAGAUCUUCUGGACAUUACCAAUUUCACAGACAACAACAAAGCAGUAAACAAGGAAUAUGAAGAAUAUGUUCUGACAGUGGGUGAUUUUGAUGAGCGAAUAUUUCUGGGAGAAGAUGCUGAUGAGGAGAUAGGGACACCUCGUAAAGCUACAGCAGAUAUUCCAGUUGGCAAACUGUCGGCAAGGAUGCAAGUUGAGUGCAAUCUGCAACAACACUUUGAAAAAACAAGGUCUUUGGCACCAUCAACACCAUUGACGGGAAGGCGUUACUUGAAAGAGAAAGAGCCUGUUGUGACACCAGUGUCCUCGGCAACGCAGAGUGUCAGUCGUUUGCAGACCAUGGUAGUGGGACUCAAGAAUACUCCUAGCGAGCAUCUGCUGCAAAUCUUCAACUCGUGUUCACGGAACCCGAUUGAAGCCGUAUCAAUGCGAGUGAAGGAGAUAGGUGAUAUCUUCUGCCAGCACUACUCCCAACCUACGGAAAACCAGACCGGUUCUCACAUAGAUUUUGCCAUCAAACGGUUGCGGCUUGCUGAGAUCUUGUACUGGAAGAUCCUAGAGACAGUGAUGGUGCAGGAAAGUCGACGCAACCCUGGGAAAGACAUGACAGUUUUACUGGAGCAAGAUAUUUUCCAUUGCUCGUUGAUGGCUUGCUGCCUGGAGAUCGUCCUCUCAUCCUACAGUUCCCAGCGCACCUUUCCGUGGAUUAUUGACAUCCUGAACCUUAGCCCCUUUUACUUUUACAAGGUGAUAGAGGUGUUGAUUCGAGCAGAGGAGGGUCUCUCCCGUGAUAUGGUGAAACACCUUAACAACAUUGAAGAGCAGAUUUUGGAAAGUCGAGCUUGGACCCACGAUUCAGCCCUUUGGAAGGCUUUGCACGGAGCCGACAAUCAGGUCCCCACAUGUGAAGAGGUAACCUUCCCUUCCAAUUUUGAAAGUGGUAAUAGUGGUCCCACCCACCUCCCGCUGAUGCCUAUGUCUCCUAUAGUGCAUCCACGGGUGAAGGAAGUCCGCACUGAUAUGGCCGGGGGUUUUAACAAACGUGAUCUUCCUCCUCCAGCAUCACCACUGUCUGUCCACGAUCGCUUCACCUCGCCCUCUGCAGGAAGUGCCAAAAGGAGACUCUUUGGUGAUGAUAGUUCAUUGGAUGCUCAUGUGACUAAUGCACAAAACAAGAUCAAUGUCACCCAGUCAUCUGGACUGAGGAUUAUUCAAACACAAAGUACAAACAAUGAAAACGUUACUCUCACUCCUGGACAGACUGUUGUAACCAUGGCAACUGCUACUGUAACCACAACCAAUGGUCAGAUGCUUACAAUACCUGUGCAAGGUGUUGCUAAUGAGAUUGGAGGGAUCACCUUCAUCCCAGUCCAGAUGAGUGUACCCCAGCAAGCGCAGGUUACAGAAGAAAUGGCCCAAGUGCCCCUCUCUGCCCAGGCUUUAAUCAGCUCCUCCCCAAAGGCAGGGGGGAUUGCAUCAGCGCAUGAACCUCAGGUAGCAACAAUCAGCAAGCCAAAGAAGACCGGUUCGCUGGCAUUAUUCUUCAGAAAGGUGUAUCAUCUGGCCAGUGUCCGUCUGCGUGACUUGUGCCUAAAGCUGGAUGUGUCUGCAGAGCUUCGUAGGAAGAUAUGGACUUGCUUUGAGUAUUCUUUGGUCCAUUGCACAGAUUUGAUGACAGAUAGACACCUUGAUCAACUUCUCCUUUGUGCUGUCUACAUAAUGGCAAAGGUUACUAAGGAAGAUAGGUCUUUCACAGAUAUCAUGAAGUGUUACAGAAGCCAACCACAAGCCAGCAGCCACGUGUACAGAAGUGUUCUGCUAAAAGGGAACAGGUUGUCGAGGAGUAUGAGUAUUAACGAGCGUGCAGGGGAAGAUGUGAACAUGGAAGGCCACGUGCCUGGCUGUGAUCCCAGCACCAAAAAUAACGGUCUGCAUCAUUUUGAGACGAGCAGCCCUCCAGUGACUCCUGCCAGCUUAUCCAAGUGUCCAGACCCUGUGGAGGAAGAGCGCGGUGAUCUCAUUAAGUUCUAUAACACUAUCUAUGUGAAUAGAAUUAAAGAGUUUGCACUGAAGUACUCCAACGUAAAACUGGAGUGUGGGAUGGAAGCGCCACCACUCUCUCCCUUUCCAAACGUUAAGCCUCACCCCGUAUCUCCCCGACGGAUAUCACAGCAACAUGCAGUAUACAUCUCCCCUCAUAAGAACGGCACUUCCCUCACUCCACGUACUGCAAUGAUGUACAGAUUUAACAGGAGCCCCUCAAAGAACCUUAGGGACAUCAACUGCAUGAUCAAGCAGGGGGAGCGGCUGAGCAGGAAGCGAGCAUUCACCAUGGAGAGUGACAGUGAGUCUCCAACAAAGUGUCUCUGCCAAGAAAACGAUGACAUUUUGUUGAAGCGGCUGCAGGAUGUCGUCAGCGAGCGGGCAAACCGUUGAGAACACAAAGCUUCUGCGUAGAAUUUAUUAGGUAGAGUUCCUAGAAUCAGAUUUGUCUGGAAAGAGCCUAGAAUCCCUCCCAUGUUUAACCAAUAGGUUGUAGCAUGGCCACCAGACCCCUGGUUCCUAUUCAUUGGGAACAGACUCUGUAUGUACAGAGUCACUGGUACUUAAAGCAAAUUGUCAACAAAUGUCGCGCUUCAAGCAGCCAUGCACGUGACUGGGAAGGCAACAAUCAGCAUUCCAUCUUGGUACCAGUUUCACAGUCACCUGCCAGCUUGUUUCAAUCUUGUAUACAGUUAAAUAACAGCUUCAGUCAGAAAGCAAGUCUUUGGGUAACUGGGCUUAGAUCAGCUUGUGUGUUUACAGUGACUAGUUUGGAUUUAGGUUAUUAGGUAAAUACAAGGAAGAUUCACAAAGUUAACUUUUUAUGACAAUGUGUGUAUUUUAAUGAAAGCAUACAGAGGGGGUUGGAGAGGGGAAUCAAAGAGUAUAAUAGCUGUACUGGGAGAUUAGCAGCCUCUCGGUAAAGCAGUAAUGAACAUCAGCACCUGAUGCAAUGGCAUUCUCAAAGUGGAAUGCACUUUACAAUCCCGGUCCCAAAGAAUAUACAGUGCCCCGGUUCAUGGGUUCUGCAGAUGAAUGGUUCCCAUUUGUUGAAAUCUCUUCACCCAAAAUAAACAGAUGCAAGGAUCUCCCUUGUGUGCCCACGGUGUCUUGGAGCGUGGAAUCGGGAGUCUUGUGGAAGUUAAUUGGAGAGAAUCCAAGUGCUAGGGAAUGGAGAUUGAGACUCUCUUUUGUUCUGUCACAUUUACUGCAGCACCAGCCUUGGAGCACGCUGUAUCAGGGCAACAUUUUCUCAUUUCCCGCAGUCCCCUUCCUGUGAGCCCAGUGUCAGUAUGGGUGUCACUUAGUGGCAUUACCUAGAAAGUGCCUUAUUGCCUUUUCAUCACUGUUUUUAAGUUUGCAGUGGGGAAAGCAAGAAUAAUGUGCAACUUACACUUAGUCUUCACUGAAAAUAUUAGUCUGCAGGUGUAUGGACCUUGGAGAAUUCAGUGCAUUUAGGCAGGUGCAUCAGCUUUCUAGCAAUAUGUUUGUCUGCACAGUGGCUUUGAGGACAGGUCUUUCCUGCAGACUUUGUCUUGCUGAAACUUAGUGCCAGGCUCUCUGCCAUGAGGAGAGUACACUUUCCAUCCACUUCUAAUGUUCUGAAAUGCUGCAGCAAUGUAGUGUGGUGAUGAGUUAUAGCAUUUACACGUUUUAACAAGGUGUACUGUAACCAUGGCUCUCUAUCCCAAGAUGCUGUGUGUGUUGUUACCAAAAUGUACCAAUGACGGUGACUGCAGCAUGUGAUGGUGCCUCUGAGUUAAAGAUGGUCCCCAGGCUGGGAAUUGGAGUUGGAAUGUAAUCCAGGCAGAUGGGAAACUGACUCCUCCCAGUUAUGAUUAGGGGCAGUUUCAGCAGUGAGACCACAGCUUGGGUUCAUGGUGCAGUCCCUUUCUGUUCUGGGAUUCUGUGAAUUGAAACAACAGGGCUCCACUGCCACACUUCCCAGUUGAUCCAUUGAUAGCUGCGUCCCCAUGUCCAGUCCUCGAUGGUAGGUAGUGAGCCAGUCAGGGAUCCAGUAUCCAGCAGGGCUCCACAGCCAUCUGUGUGUACCCCGGACGAAGUCCAUGGCAUAGGCUGCACCAGCUUCUGGAAAAGGACCUGCCAACCUCUACCAUCACCGGAAUAAGAAGCAUAAAACUGUUGCUGCCUUGUAAUGGUUGGCACAGCAGUACAGUGUUGGGACAGAAUCGGGAGUCUUUACUUUAUUUCGGGGCCCAAGGUGGAAGUGAUCUGGAAUGCUGGGGCUGAUCUUAUCACAAAGAUGCAUUAAAAGAUAAACUAACAAAUGUCCGGUGCUUCUGUGUGGAUUUUGCACACUCUGUGACCGUGGGUUUCUGCUAGAGCUCUGGUUUCCUCCCACUGUCUGUAAUGUAGGUGGAUGGUGAGUGAAUUGGGGGAGUUAAUGAGCAUCUCAGAGAGAAUAGGUUAUAGGGAAUUAAGUGAGAGAAUGGGAAUGCUCUGGGAGCUGGAAUAUACUCGAUGGCCCAAAUGGUCUCCUUCCAUGAAAAAUGACGUACUUUCCCCGUAGGGAAGUAAGGCCUUACCAGAGUGCUAAUGUCUAUGAAUAUCAGCUCCUUUUGAUCCCAAGAUAAGCCACACCCUCCCUGUCCAUUGGGAGAUCUCAUUAAUAUCCCAUUAUUCCAUAUCAGAUGCUCUGAUUUUUUAUCUAUAUUUGUCUAAUGUAAAUGCUACAGCUUUCUACUGGCGUUCUAACCAGCAGCAACAUGUCGGAUCACAGAGGGUUCACACACCUUUUAAAUUUACUCCUGCAAGGUCUGCAGUAAGCUGUGUUUUGUUUUAACUAUUGUGUAGCAUCUACACACAAUUCCCUUUUGCAUUAAUUUCCUGUUUUGAAGAAUAGGGUGGGAGUUAAUUAUCAUGUAUAUUUGUAUAGUUUAGAUUAUUCUAUGAGUUAAUAUUUGUGCUUUUAAUGCCUUGUGUAUGGAAUUGAGAGAUGAUUUCUGCUUUUGAAUGCGAAUGAAAUGUUAAGAAAAUUAUCAGUUCUAAUUUUUUCCUCUGGAGUUUUGUUCCUUUUGGGAUUUUUAUUCCUCUCUGGGAUGUUGAUGGCGAGUCUGCCAUUUCCAGCUUUAUCUCCGACCAGAGGAUUUGGGGAGGUGGAGAAAUGGGUUUGUCCCUCAUGCUCCCCCUCCCUGGAUGAAUGAAAGUUUCACCCAGAAGCUUGGCUUUGAGAUUCAGUUCUGGUGGGCCACCACUCUCUGACAGUGAAGCUCCGGUAUCAGUUACACUCCAGCCUAUUGAAGGGAAUGUAUUUCCUAGAAUAGUUCAGUGCUGUAACAUUGUAAAUAUCUCACGGCCAGUACUCUGCAGGGGUUUCCAGACUGCCAUAACGACAACAGAAUGCCCAGAGGAACAGAAUCACUGCUGUUUACUCUGUUCUUCCAUGGGAAAGCGGCAGAAAUUCCCAGUAAAAUUCUACAUCUCAGGCAGUUGAGAACUAUGCCAUAAAUGGCAUCAAUCACUGAUACUACGGUGUGAUUAAAUAUUGCCACAAGGUUUAGAGUUGCCAACCAGAGGAAUUCUCUGCUCCUGCACCCAUCAAGAAUCAACAUUUGUCAGUGCUGUACUGGGUUCCUGCAGGAACAGCCCGACUGUGAGCUGAAGUUGCAGUUUAAUGCUUGCUAAUCUUGUGAUAACUUUCCACUUUGGUUAACGUGUGCUUUUUACCCAUGUGAGAACAGUGAUACUGCUUAUCUUAAAUAUCUUUUACUUUUGAGGAUCUGUUUUUAAAUAAAGUAUUUACCUGAAA